AUGGAGCCAAUUUCAAACCCUCAUACCACUCCCUUUACCCUCACAAAAAAAGCCCUUCUGCCUUACAUCUAUACACUCUUGGUGAGACUUUUCAGUGCUGGAGAUGUCACCAUCACAGAAUUUGCAGCCUGGAGCACUUCCGAAAUUUCUCAGAAUGCAUUGAUGUACUAUAGUGGUCGACUCUUCUGGAUCAAUGGUUUUAGGAUUAUCACAGCUCAGGAAAUAGGUCAGAGAACCGGUGUGUCUGUUUCUGAACCAGUCAAAUUUAAUCAGUUCACAAUUAUUCAGACAUCCCUCAAACCUCUGCCAGGGAACUUUUCCUCCCCUAAAGUUAUCCCAGAUUCUGUUCAAGAGUCUUCAUUUAGGAUUGAAGGAAAUACUUCAAGUUUCCAAGUUCUAUGGAAUGCUCCCCCUGCUGUGGACUGGGGUAUAGUUUUCUACAGUGUGGAAUUUAGUGUUCAUUCUAAGUUCCUGGCUACUGAACAACAUUUACCUGUAUUUACUGUGGAAGGGCUGGAGCCCUAUGCCUUAUUUAAUCUUUCUGUCACUCCUUACACUUACUGGGGAAAGGGUCCCAAAACAUCUCUAUCACUUCGAGCACCUGAAACAGUUCCAUCAGCACCAGAGAACCCCAGAAUAUUUAUAUUACCAAAUGGAAACUAUCUCAACCAGAAUGAAAUUGUGGUGGAAUUUAGAUGGAAUAAACCUAAGCAUGAAAAUGGUGUGUUAACAAGAUUUGAAAUUUUCUAUCAUAUAUCCAAUCAAAGUGACACAAACAAAACAUUCAAAGACUGGACUGCUGUCAACGUCAUGCCUUCAGUGAUGUCUUUUCAACUUGAGGGCAUGGGUCCUGGGUCCAUUGUUGCCUUCCAGGUUCGAGUCUUCACAUCCAAAGGUCCAGGACCAUUUUCUGACACAGCAAGGUCUAAAACAUCAGAAAUCAACCCAUUUCCUUACCUUAUAACUCUUCUUGGUAAUGAGGUAGUGUUUUUGGAUAUGGAUCAGAAUCAAGUUGCAUGGACGUUUUCAGCAGAAAGAGCUAUCAGUGCCGUGGGAUACACAGCUGAUAAUGAGAUGGGCUACUAUGCUCAAGGAGACUCAGUCUUCCUUUUGAAUUUGCGUAAUCAUUCCAGCUCUGAGCUUUUCCGAGAUGCACUGGUUUCUGAUAUUACACUUAUUACAAUUGACUGGAUUUCAAGGCACCUCUACUUUGCGCUGAAAGAAUCACAAAAUGGAACACAAAUAUUUGAUGUUGAUCUUGAGCACAAGCUGAAAUAUCCCAGGGAGCUGAAGAUUUGUAACACAAAUUCAACAAUAAUUUCUUUUACUAUAUAUCCUCUUUUAAGUCGUUUGUAUUGGACAGAGGUUUCUGAUUUGGGCUAUCAGAUGCUCUACUGCAGUAUUAUCAAUCAUACCUUGCAUCGCAUUCUGCAACCCAGUUGCAAUCAACAAAAUGGAAGAAGUCAAUGUUCUUGUAAUGUGACUGAACUUGAGUUAGGUGGGGCAAUGACUAUUGAUACCUCUGACCAAGAGAAACCAUGGAUAUACUUUGCCCAAGAGCAAGAGAUCUGGGCCACAGAUCUGGAAGGAUGCCAGUGUUGGAGAGUAUCGCCUGUCAUGCUUGGAGAAACACUUGUUAGCUUAACUGUGGAUGGGGAGUUCAUAUAUUGGAUCACCACAGCAAAGGACAACACACAAAUUUAUCAAGCAAAGAAAAGAAAUGGGACCAUCCUCUCCCGGGUGAAAGCCCCUGGGAUUAAGCGUAUUUUGGCUUACAGUUCGGUUAUGCAGCCUUUUCCAGAUAAAGCAUAUCUAUCUCUAGCUUCACAUAUUGCAGAACCAACUAUACUUAAUGCCACUAACACCAGCCUCACGAUCAGGUUACCUCCAGCCAAGACAAAUCUCACAUUGUAUGGUAUCACCAGCCCUACACCAACAUACCUUGUUUAUUAUACAGAAGUUAAUGGCAGGAUAAACAGCACGGACCUGAAAUUCAGAAUGCUGGAAUCUCAAGAGAAUAUAGCUCUUAUUGAAGGUUUACAACCAUUUUCAACAUAUGGGAUACAGAUAGCUGUAACGAAUUAUUAUUCAGAUUCUUUGGAACAUUUACCUUCAGGGAAAGAGAUUUGGGGACAAACUAAAAGUGGAGUACCAGAGGCAGUUUGUCUCAUUAACACAACUGUGCUGUCAGAUACCAGCCUCCUUGUCUCCUGGGGAGAAUCUCACAAGCCCAAUGGACCUAAAGAGUUAGUCCGCUAUCAACUGGCAAUCUCACAUCUGGCCCCAAUUCCUGAGACUCCACUAAGACAAAGCAAAUUUCCAAAUGCAAGGCUCGCUCUCCUUGUUUCUGGGCUGUCUGGUGGACAACUUUAUGUAUUAAAGGUACUGACCUGCCACUCGGAGCAAAUGUGGUGUGCUGAGAGUCGACCUGCCACUGUCAAAACGUUUGACACACCAGAGAAACCUUAUGCUUUGGUUCCAGAGAACACUAGUUUGCAGUUAGAUUGGAAUGCUCCAUCUAAUGUUAGCCUGAUCAGAUUUUGGUUUGAACUCCAAAAGUGGAAACACAAUGAAUUUUACCAUGUCGAAGCUUCAUGCAGCCAAGGUCCAGCUUAUGUCUGUAACAUUACAGACCUACAACCUUGUACUUCCUAUAAUGUCCGAGUAGUGGUGGUUUAUAUGACUGGAGAAAAGAGCACUUCGCUUCCAGAAGGUUUCAAGACAAAAGCUGGAGUCCCAAGUAAACCAGGCAUUCCCAAAUUAUUAGAAGGGAGUAAAAAUUCAAUACAGUGGGAAAAAGCUGAAGAUAAUGGAAGUAGACUUAUGUACUAUAUCCUUGAGAUCAGAAAGGCCACUUCAAGUGAUUCACAGAACCAUAAUUUAAGGUGGAAGAUGGCUUUUAAUGGGUCCUGCACUAGCAUUUGCACAUGGAAGUCCCAAAACUUGGAAGGAACAUUUCAGUUCAGAGUAGUAGCUGCCAAUAAUCUUGGGUUUGGUGAAUAUAGCGGAGUCAGUGAGAAUAUUAUAUUAGUUGGAGAUGUGUUUUGGAUACCAGAAACAAGUUUUAUGCUUACUGUCAUAGUUGGAGUACUUUUGGUUAUCACAAUUCCUCUGACCUUUGUCUGGCAUAGAAGAUUAAAGAAUCAAAAACAUUCCAAGCAGGGGCUAAGAGGACUCAUAAGCGAAGACAAAGAGUUGGCUGAGUUGCAAGGUCUGGCAGCUGGAGUGGGACUGGCUAACGCCUGCUAUGCCAUACAUACUCUUCCAACCCAAGAGGAGAUUGAAAAUCUUCCUGCUUUCCCUCGGGAAAAAUUGACUCUCCAUCUCUUGUUGGGAAGUGGAGCCUUUGGAGAAGUGUAUGAAGGAAUGGCUGUAGAUAUCUUAGGGGUUGGAAGUGGAGAAACCAAAGUAGCAGUGAAGACUUUGAAGAAGGGCUCUACAGACCAGGAGAAGACUGAAUUCUUGAAGGAAGCACAUCUGAUGAGCAAGUUUAAUCAUCCCAACAUUCUGAAGCAGCUUGGAGUUUGUCUGCUGAGUGAACCCCAGUACAUUAUCCUGGAACUGAUGGAGGGAGGAGACCUUCUCACCUACCUGCGUAAAGCCCGGAAGACAAAGUUGCAUGGUCCUUUACUCACUUUGGUUGACCUUGUAGACCUGUGUGUAGAUAUCUCAAAAGGCUGUGUAUACUUGGAACAGAUGCACUUCAUUCAUAGGGAUCUAGCAGCUCGGAAUUGUCUUGUCUCUGUGAAAGACUAUACCAGUCCUUCACGGAUAGUGAAGAUUGGGGACUUUGGACUUGCAAGGGACAUCUAUAAAAAUGAUUAUUAUAGAAAGAGAGGGGAAGGCCUGCUCCCUGUUCGGUGGAUGGCUCCAGAAAGCUUGAUGGAUGGAAUCUUCACUACUCAAUCUGAUGUAUGGUCUUUUGGAAUUCUGAUUUGGGAGAUUCUAACUCUUGGUCAUCAGCCUUAUCCAGCAUAUUCCAACCUUGAUGUUUUAGAUUAUGUACAAACAGGAGGGAGAUUGGAGCCACCAAGAAAUUGUCCUGAUGAUCUAUGGAAUUUAAUGACCCAAUGCUGGGCUCAAGAACCUGAACAAAGGCCUACUUUCCAUAAAAUUCAAGAGCAGCUUCACUUAUUCAGAAAUUUUUCCCUAAAUAGUAUUUCUCACCAUAGAGAUGAAGCAAGUGGAGUCAUAAAUGAAGGCUUUGAAGAUGAAGAUGACAAUAUGAUUAGUUUGAAUUCAGAUGGAAUUAUGCCAGUUGCUUUAACAGAAACCAAGAACCAAGAAGGUCUAAACUAUAUAGUACUUGCCACAGAAUGCAGCCAAAUGGAAGAAAAUUCUGAGGGUCCUCUGGACUCCAAGGAAUCUGAAUCCUGUGGACUGAGGAAAGAAGAGAUGGGACCACAGGCAGACAAAGAUUUCUGCCAAGAAAAACAAGUGGUUUACUGCCCUCCUGGCAAGCCUGAAGGCCUGAACUAUGCUUGCCUCACUCACAGUGGAUACAGAGAUGGGUCUGAUUAAUAGCACUGCUUGCUAAAUACGGAGUUGAG